AUGCCCGAAAUAAAAGUAACACCUCUAGGUGCUGGCCAGGAUGUUGGACGCAGCUGCAUCAUCGUCUCAAUCGGAGGCAAAAACAUCAUGCUAGACUGUGGCAUGCACAUGGGAUACAAUGAUGAUAGACGCUUCCCGGACUUCUCCUAUAUUAUUCAAAAUGGGCGUCUGACAGACUUUUUAGAUUGCGUGAUCAUCAGCCAUUUCCACUUGGACCACUGCGGCGCUCUGCCUUACAUGAGCGAGAUGGUGGGAUAUGAUGGACCCAUCUACAUGACACAUCCGACAAAGGCCAUCUGCCCUAUCCUACUGGAAGAUUUCCGGAAGAUCACUGUGGACAAGAAGGGGGAGACCAACUUCUUCACCUCACAGAUGAUCAAGGACUGCAUGAAGAAAGUCAUCCCCUUAAACCUGCACCAGACUGUUCAGGUGGAUGACGAGCUGGAGAUAAAGGCUUACUAUGCAGGCCAUGUUCUAGGUGCUGCCAUGGUGCACAUCAAAGUGGGCUCAGAAUCAGUGGUCUACACUGGUGACUAUAACAUGACACCAGACAGACAUUUAGGCGCCGCUUGGAUCGACAAGUGCCGUCCAGACAUCCUCAUCUCAGAGUCGACAUACGCGACAACCAUCCGUGACUCCAAGAGGUGCAGGGAGAGAGACUUCCUAAAGAAAGUGCACGAAUCCAUAGAACGAGGAGGAAAAGUUCUUAUUCCAGUGUUUGCCCUCGGAAGAGCCCAAGAACUCUGCAUCCUCUUGGAAACAUUUUGGGAAAGAAUGAACCUCAAGGCUCCAAUCUACUUUUCCACUGGGCUAACAGAGAAAGCCAAUCAUUAUUACAAGCUUUUUAUCACGUGGACCAACCAGAAGAUAAGGAAAACAUUCGUACAGAGGAACAUGUUUGAAUUCAAGCACAUCAAAGCUUUUGACCGCUCGUAUGCUGACAACCCAGGACCCAUGGUGGUGUUUGCAACCCCAGGAAUGCUGCACGCCGGACAGUCGCUUCAGAUUUUCAAGAAAUGGGCUGGCAAUGAGAAGAAUAUGGUCAUCAUGCCAGGUUACUGCGUACAAGGAACCAUUGGACACAAGAUCCUGAAUGGACAUAAGAAACUGGAGAUGGAAGGCAGAGCGAUGUUGGACGUGAAGUUGCAGGUGGAGUACAUGUCCUUUAGCGCCCAUGCCGAUGCCAAGGGCAUCAUGCAGCUCAUCCGAAUGGCCGAGCCUCGUAACAUGCUGCUAGUGCACGGCGAGGCGGCCAAGAUGGAGUUUCUCAAGGGCAAGAUUGAGCAAGAGUUCAGUAUCGAUUGUUACAUGCCAGCUAAUGGCGAGACCACCACAGUGACCACAAAUCCUAAAGUUCCUAUUGAUAUGUCACUCAACCUUCUCAAGAGGGAAAUGGCACUUGGAGGACCUUUACCUGAUCCUAAAAAACCACGCAUCAUGCAUGGAACCCUCAUCAUAAAAGAUAAUAGUUUGAAGCUGGUCUCCUCUGAACAAGCUUUGAAGGAGCUCGGACUUAACGAGCAUCAGCUGCGAUUCACGUGUCGAGUGCAGCUCCACGACCCGCAUAGCGACCCUGAUACACUUCGAAGAAUAUACACCCACCUCAAAAGCGUCUUAAAGGGAUACACCAUUCAGCAUCUUCCCGACGGGACGGUUAUGGUGGAGUCCAUCGUUAUCAAAGUGUCAUCCUCACCAGAAGAAGCCAAUACAAAGGUCAUCCUGCUCUCUUGGAGUUACCAGGAUGAAGAUCUGGGGAGCUUCCUUUCAACCCUACUGAAAAAAGGCCUCCCAUCUGGCCUUUGA